AUUACAUCCUCAUUUCCAAUCCCAGUUUAUCGCUCAAUUAAACUACUUCUUAGUAUUUUUUUUUAAAAAAGACUAUUUUAUGCCAAGCAUAAUUUUUGAGAUCAUAUUCUACUUUUUGUUCAGAUCUGCAAAUGAUAAUUAUAGACAAAAUAUUUACCUGAAAAUAACCAUAUUACUGAUUUCCAUUCACUUAUCCUCUACAAUAUAUCAACAUUUUGAAUAAAAAUAGUACACAUGGUUACAGAAGAAAUCAAUAAAACUUCAAUUGAUGAUCAAUUACUUCAACCUUUACCAUUAGAUUUAUCUUAUCAUUCAACAAUUUCAAAUGAAUCAAAUUUAACCAUGACAACAUCAAUACCAAUUAAAACAACACAAUUCAAUAAUCAUAAUAAUAAUGAUAAACAUUCAUUCUAUUUAUCACAAUCAUCUUUUAUUGAACAAAUGAAAUCAAAUUUAGAUAAAUUACAAAUGUUUUAUACAUUAAAAAAAAAUCAAUUAAAAUCAAUAACUGAUUUAUAUAAUUUACCAUUAUUAACUAUACCAUCACCUGAACAAUUAUUAACAUUGAUUAUGUUACAUAAUCAUAAAACAAUUAAAUUUUCUUCAAUAAUUAAUAAUAAUGAUUUAUUGUUACCAAGGCAACUAAAUCAAAAUAAUAAAAAUGAUACAUUUAUAUAUUAUAAUCAAUUAAUUAAUUUAAAUAAUAAUCAUAAUAAUAAUCAAUAUAAUAAUGAUAAUAAUUUAAUUCCAUUUGAAUUUAUAUCGAUUUAUUUAAAAAUAUUAGAAAAAUCAAAAAAUUAUUUAAAAUUAUUAAAUUCAAAUGAAAAUUACAAGAAUAAUAAUAAUCAAUAUAAUAAUAAUAAUAAUAAUAAUAAAUGGUUAUCAUUAUCCUUGCGAAAGAAUAUUUAUACAACAAUAAAUAAAGAUUUAAAUAAUGUCUCUUCAAAUUGUUCAAUUAAAACAAAACUAUCACAAAGCAUAUUGAACAUUGAUAAUAAUAAUAAUAAUAGUAAUAACACUAUUAAGAAUAUUCAUAAGAAACAUAAAACACUAAAAAAUGUUUAUAAUGUAUUACCAACAAAUAGUAUUAAUGUAGUAGAAGGAUUAUUAUCAACAUGUGUAAAUCAUUUAACAUCAAAACAUGAACGUUAUACAUGUCAUUAUUGUGGUAAAUUAUUUCCUAGAUCAGCUAAUCUUACUAGACAUAUACGUACACAUACAGGUGAACAACCAUAUAAAUGUAUACAUUGUCCAAGAUCAUUUAGUAUUAGUUCUAAUUUACAACGUCAUAUACGUAAUAUACAUCAAAAAGAAAGACCAUUUCAUUGUAAUAUUUGUUUAAAACGUUUUGGACAACGAGCUAAUUUAGAAAGACAUAUUCGAAAUCAUUUAAUUAGUAAAUAUCAUCAUCAUCAACAACAACAACAACAUCAAUAUAAAUCAUUAUUAUCACCGACAUGGUCAUCAUCAUAA